AAUUCCGCCACCCAAAAUUCCUCCCCUCUUCUUCCACUUUCUUCCCCAAAAAUCCCCCCUCUCCUAUUUUUUCUCUUUCUUUCUACACGCACUCACACAGUCACACACAACACAAACGAACAAAAACGCACAGACUUUUUAUUUAUCUUUGCCUCGAAGUUAUUAUCCUUAACUUUUUCUCUUUUCCCUUUUUCUGCUUACACACACAGUCACACACACGAACGAACCCAAAAGACCCCUCCUUUACUCACUUCAAUCACUACCCUUCUCCCACUCGUUCAGCUGGUUAGUUUUUCGUUUUUCUUUUUUGGAAUUUAAUUUUCGAGACGAAGAGUCAACUCUAGGGUUCCUCAUUUCAACGGCAUUUUGACUUCUGGAGUUGCUGUGAGCUUGAAACUAUUUCUUUCGGGUAAUUUCAAGAACUUUUCAUCAAAGAGGAAAUUUUUUUUAACGAUUUUGGAGAUCAAGGUCUCAUGAGAAUUGAUAGGGGAAUGCAGAAAAGGAGUCUUGAGGAUCAGAGUUUAUUGGGCUGUAACGAAUCAUUCAGCCGUGGAAUUGGCGUGACUGCGCCCAAGGCCAGAACACGUGAUAAAUUCAAAGCUAUGUUUUUGUGUCUCUAAUUUUGGUUGAAUAAAGAGAGUGAUUUGCCCAAGGGGUUCAGGUGAAAGAAGAUUAAUAAAAUAUGACACGAAUUUUGGUUCAACGUGGUUCAACUGGUUCGGCAUCAUCAUCUUCUUCGAAUCAGACUAGACCUUCGGCAGUGUCACCAGCACCCAGUUCGUCCUCUUCUGCACCGCCAACCCACUUGCAGGCUACGAAUAACAAUACUGGUAGCCAAAAUCAGGCCUUUUCGACUCCUAAGGAUGAGGAAUUGGUAGAGGAAGACCAAGAACAGGUUCUUCUGGAUAAUUGCUCAGAGCAGUGUAGUGCUCCCGAUAGCAAGGGAGUCAGAGGUGAUGAUAUUUCUGUAGAAAGCUUAAAUAUUGGAAAUAAUGACGACCAGGAAGAGGUUCUUGGUAAUGAGUUGCUUUCUAAACAUGAUUUCAUGGGUUCUGGAGAUUUGAUGAAAGGUGGGCUGAGUGUGGUGGAAGAGGAAACUGAGGGUCCGGUUGUGAGUUCUGUGCAGAUGGUGACAGGUAGCACAUGCCCUCCUCCUCCUCCUGUCCCUCCUCCAAGACCUGCUUCAUUUAGCUCAAAUCUCAGAAGAUCUCCAUCAGGUUCUUCAAAUGCUUUGCGAUCAGCAUCAUCCUGGAGACCUGCUGGUCGGCCAACUGUGUCAACACGGACUUCACCAACUGGGUCUCGACCUUCGUCUCCUCGUUCUCACUGUGAAAGUGAAGGUUAUAAUAGUGCUGAUGAGCAAAGUUCUUGCUUUGGGUCCUCAUAUGACGAUGCAGAGAGGGAGCGACAAUUUGAGUUGGACCUAAGACGGGUAAAAGGGUUAGAAGUAAAGAAAAUGCUAGAAGAUGGGAACUGCUUGUUUCGUGCUGUUGCUGAUCAAGUUUAUGGUGAUUCAGAAGCGUAUGAUUUGGUGAGACAGAUGUGCAUUGAUUAUAUGGAGCGAGAAAGGGACCACUUUUCCCAGUUCAUUACGGAAGGUUUUACUUCCUACUGCAAGAGGAAAAGGAGGGAUAAGGUCUAUGGUAAUAAUGUUGAGAUUCAAGCUCUAUCUGAGAUGUAUAAUCGGCCAAUUCAUAUAUACUCUUACAGUACAGAUCCUAUCAACACUUUUCAUGGAAACUACACCACAGACACACCUCCAAUACGGCUCAGUUACCAUCAUGGUAAUCAUUACAAUUCACUUGUUGAUCCUCGUCGGUUAUCAGUUGGUGCUGGACUUGGAUUUAGCAGUCUGCGGGGGGCCAAUGUCGACAAGGAUCAAGUUAAAGCAGCUAUUAAGGCUCAGCAGGACCAGCAGAUCGAUAAUGCACUUCUUGCUGAGGGGCGAUUUUACUCGGAUCUUGAACUUACAGAAAAGGAGAUCGAACACAUGGUAAUGGAGGCUUCUAGGGCUGACUACCUUGCUAAUGACAAGUUUAAACAGCAGAUAGGUUACCGAGAGUCUUCCACUUCUGGUGCUGAACCAUCGUCUUCUGGAGCCAGUGAGUAGAAUCUCUUCAUUUCCUUUGGAGGCUUUAUGUUGUACUCCUCUCCCAUUCCGUGUCGCUCCUUAUACAAAAGCAAUAAACUUUGGUCCUGAACUGUAGCAUGGUUUUGCAAUGACCUUUUAACGUUUCACUGGUUCUUUAUUUUGAACUUGAUUAUCGCCUUUAACAUGAAUGUAGGGUUUUUUUCCCUUUUAUUUUUGGCUUUUGCAUUGUUAUCUGACAGAAAGUAUUUGGAAUGAUAACUAGGGUCAUCUGGGCGAGAUUCUUCUGAUAGUGUGUUGAGUAGUAGCAUACAGAUUGUGCUAUCCAUGGGCUUUAGUUAUCUGCAGGCCAUCGAGGCCUACAGCAUAUUUGGAGAUGAUGUGGACUCAAUGGUUUGCUAUCUUUUAGAGACCAGCAACAGUGGCAGACGCAAAGGCAAGGCUACUGAAUGAGGAAUAAUGAGACUUUUUAUUUGUUGCUUAUGUAUCUUUGUCGUCGGACUUGCAGAACUUUCAUUACAAUGCCAUUCCCCAAACUUUCUUUUAAGUUUUGUGCGUGCCGUACUGAAAGAAAUGCUAAUGCUCUGUCUCUUAUUGUCGAAUGUUGUUCCUGACGGGGUUAAAGUUUAGUCAGGGAGUGUUCGAGGUCGGAGUCUUACAAGUCAGUCGGCCUUAUUUGGUUUCCUUUUUGGGCAAUUUUUCUUGUGAAAGUAAAUUUGCGGCCAGUGCAAGGCGCUACUUUUUUUAACAUGGGAAAUUUGGCUCAUUCGCUAUUUAGAUACUCCCUCCAUCCCAUAAUUAUUGUCCAGUUUAGGUUUUCAUUUUUAAUUCAAAUUGUACUAAAAGUAAAAUCUCAAAAUGGACAAUAAUUUUGGGACAGAGGGAGUAUUAUUCAGCUAGCUGAGUUUAACUUCUCAUGAAAGGGUUUUUUUUUUUUUUCGUCUCUAAAACUGUAAAAUAGGGGGAGGGGAAAAACGAAAGAGCAAACUGGUUGGAAAAUGUGCAAAGGUUUUUUGUUGCAGUAUUUGCUUUCAUGGGAGAAUUGAGCACCAGUGCACCACCAUAUUGUGUAGUUUGUAUUGGAAAACAAGCACUCCCGAAUUCUGAUUAUUAUCAUUUGAAGACGUGUAAAUACUGUUGGAGAAAGUCACUCUACUUGGAAAUAUGUAACGCAGUAGUAAGAACUAAGAUUUGGUUUGUUUUUUUUGUUGUUGUUGAAAUGGUAACUAAGAUUUGGUGAAUUGCAACGAGUCUUCUCAUCAAACCCGCAAGUAACAAUUUUAAUAUUUGUGAUCUUCCAGUGGUAUGUGUCACUCAUGUAAGGUAUAAUGCAUUAACUAUCUCGUUUAAUUUACCCUUGUGGUGAGGAUGACGGUAAUAGUCCACAGUUGACCGGAUUAGUAAAGGAUGUUUUAUAUCAUAUUUAUCAUGAAUAUACUUCUUUUUUUUUUUUUUAUACUGACUCACAUUACCAAAUUAGGAGUUUUAUCCCUGAUAU